AGGCUAGGGGAAAUGGCCCGGGAGGGUCCCGUGCAGCUGCAGAAAACUGGCAGCCUCUGAACGAGGGGGAAGGCAUCGUGCAACGUCGAGGGGCGGGGAGAGGGGGCGGAGGAGCUCUCUCUGAAUCCAAGUCGGUGGCUCUCUCAGAAAUCCUCAGGCCAAAGCAGAGGGGGCUGGCGGGCCCAACAAGGUUCUGCGCCCCUGCUUUCUUAACAUCGCCCCCUCUUUCGGACUGCCAUCACUGGAAUCACGGGUGCUCGUCCUGAGCAGGCUGCCACCAGCGCGCUGAUAACCCCGAGGGCUUCCAGCUAACCAUGCGGCAGCCGCCCUCAGCUGCCCUAGUGCUGCCCCUGCUACUGCUAGCAUUGCAGACGCCGUCCUCGACCAGCGCGAGACCGUCCCCGGGCCCCGAUUACCUGCGGCGCGGCUGGUUGCGGCUGCUAGCGGAGGGCGAGGGCUGCGCUCCCUGCCGGCCAGAACUGUGCGCCGCGCCGCGGGGCUGCCUGGCCGGCCAAGUGCGCGACGCGUGCGGCUGCUGCUGGGAAUGUGCCAACCUCGAGGGCCAGCUCUGCGACUUGGAUCCCAGCGCUCACUUCUAUGGCCGUUGCGGCGAGCAGUUGGAGUGCCGGUUGGACGCAGGCGGCGACCUCAGCCGUGGAGAGGUGCCGGAGCCGCUAUGUGCCUGCAGCUCCCAGCGCCCGCUCUGCGGUUCCGAUGGCCGCACUUAUGCCCAGAUCUGCCGCCUGCAGGAGGCGGCCCGCGCUCGGCCCGACACCAAUCUCACCGUGGCGCACCCAGGGCCCUGCGAGUCGGGGCCCCAGAUUGUGUCGCACCCUUAUGACAUUUGGAAUGUGACAGGCCAGGAUGUGAUCUUUGGCUGUGAGGUGUUUGCCUACCCUAUGGCUUCCAUAGAAUGGAGGAAGGAUGGCUUGGACAUCCAGCUGCCAGGGGAUGACCCCCACAUCUCUGUACAGUUUAGGGGUGGGCCCCAGAGGUUCGAAGUAACUGGCUGGCUGCAGAUCCAGGCGGUGCGUCCCAGCGACGAAGGUACCUACCGCUGCCUCGCCCGCAAUGCCCUGGGUCAGGUGGAAGCCCCGGCUAGCCUGACAGUGCUCACACCAGAUCAGCUGAACUCCACGGGCAUCCCCCAGCUUCGAUCACUGAACCUGGUUCUUGAGGAAGCUGAAAGUGAAGAGAACGAGGAUUACUACUAGCCCGUGCUCUGGCUCACAGGGGGACGUGUGGGUACAGAGGUCACUCUGCUCUGGAAAAGACCGGGAAGGAGGAGCAGGGCCCCUCAUGGAUUGCUCGAAUGCGUUUAGGGGUGGUCAUGGUGGCAGUGGUAGGCAAGAGCCACGUUGGAGGAGGGUGGGGAGAGGCAGAGACUAGAAGAGGUGAGUUCAAAGAGGCCCCAGCAGGAGGAUCUCCAACCUGGACCAGCCUGUCAAGG